AUGAAACUUAUUACCUGGUCAAUUCUGUACUACUAUAUCAGUAAUUGGGCCCGGAGUAUACGGGACGUCAUAAAUCAGUUGGACAGAGAAGCUGAAUUAUCAGACAGUGAAGAAGUGGUCAACAUGAAAAUCCGAAAAAGGGUGAUCAUAAGUGACGACGAAGACAGCAGUGCUGAAGAAGACAACAACGAAGGUGUUGUCGAGGGUCUCAUCAAUGAUGACACUGAGGACGAAAACGAGUCCGUUAAUACAUCUGGAGACGAAGGAAGACAAAGCUCUGACGACGACUCUGCUCUGGAAGAUGACGAUUAUGAACUGCUGGAAGAAAAUCUAGGGCAUAAAAUUAAAAGGGCGAAACGCUUCAAGCGUUUAAGGCGGAUGUCAGCUGACGGAUCCGAUGAGGACGAGCAGGCUGAAAAAGAGAAUAUCGCUAAAUCGAUAUUUGAAGAUGAUGCCGAUGAUAAUAAAAAGAGACCAACCAGACAAAGUCCGAGUCUCCAGUCAGAUCAGGAAGCAUCAGACUCCAACUCUGAAGAAUCCGAUGAUGAUAACUUCAUCGUUGAUGAAAACGACCAGUCCAUAAAGAAAGGGCUAAAGAGGAAACGCGGUGUCGAUCCAGCCCUCGAAGAAGCUAGGGAAAUUUUCGGUGUCGACUUUGACUACAAUCAGUUCGAUCAGAACAAUCAAAAGGAUGACGACGACGACGGCAACGAAGAAGAAGAAGAAGAAGAAGGCACCAGAAAAUGCCAGCGAAAAUCCACUGCAAAGACGAUCUUCGAAGUCUAUGAGCCGAUUGAAUUGAAGAAAGCAUUCUUGACUGACGUAGACCAGCAAAUCCGUGUCAAGGAUAUUCCAGAGAGGAUGCAGCUUCGCUCCAUACCUAUCAUCGAAGUAAAAGACAAAAGAUCUCAUGAAUUGGUAGAGGAAGCUAAGUGGAUUUAUAAGAACGCCUUCAACAAUCAUCUUCUUCAGAAAGUUGAAGAUAAAUCUGACUCUGCCCACAAGAGUCCCAAGACAGUAGGCAAAGUGAGAAAUGCGCUCGAAUUAAUGCGAUGCGACUUGUUGGAAGUGCCUUUCAUCGCUUUCUACCGCAAGGAAUUUGUCAGUCCGGAGUUAAACAUCAACGACCUCUGGAAGAUCUUCAAGUUGGACGCAACAUGGUGCGGAUUGCGCCAAAGAAAAUUUAAUCUUCUUAAUUUGAUUGAGAACAUGAGAGAACUUCAACUGGAAACAGUCAUGAAGGAAUCAUCAGAGUCUCUUCCCGACGAUAUUAGAGUUAUCAAGGACCAGGACAUCAAACGUGUCUACACCAUCGAGUCCGAAGAAGAAAGGAAGGACGUCUACAAUCAUUUCAUGCUGUACUACAAUCGUGAGAUUCCGCAAUUAAAAGAACUCUUGAAGAAAAAACGCAGAGAAGCCAAGAAAUUGGAGAAACUCGCAAAGUUGAAGCAGCGAGGUGAAGAGGCCGAGGAGAACGGUGAAAAAUCACCGGCUGAAAGCGCAGAAGAGGAAAAAGAAGAAGAAGAUUCCUUGAAACAAGCUGUAAGAAGUGGACCGUAUUCAAUUUACCGCCGCGCAGGACUCUGCAGCUUCGCCAAAAAGUUUGGUCUCACUCCAGAACACUUUGCUGAAAAUGUUAGAGACAGUUACCAGCGGCACGAAGUCGAGCAGGAUCCAGUAGAACCCAGUGUUAUCGCGCAGAACUACCUAGGAGCUAAUUUUGAAACAACUGAGCAAGUUUUGAAGGCAGUUCAGCAUAUGGUAGCCAUACAAUUGGCGCGCGAGCCGCUGCUCAGAAAAUGCGCACGUGAAUUGUACACGGAGCGUGCGAAGAUUACAGUUCGGCCUACCAAGAACGGGAUCAAAGUCAUUGACGAGAGCCACCAGCUUUACUCAGUGAAGUAUUUGAAAGACAAGCCGGUUCGCGACCUUGUCGACCACAUUUGGCUGAAACUUUUGGCCGCGGAAACUGACGGCUUGGUGACGAUAACCUUCAGUGACACUGUGGAAGGAACACUAGGCUCCGAUUUCAUCAUCGAGUUCUCGCAGUUGUACAUCAAAGAUGAGUUCAGCAAUAACGUGCAAGAAUGGAAUGACUUGCGCAGAGCCAGUGUGAAGAUGGCGUUGAGAAACUACAUCAUUCCUGACUUGAAAAAUGAACUCAAGACCAAGAUGACUGUUGAGGCCAAAGAAGCAAUCAUGUACGCUUGCUGUCAGAAGCUAGAUGACUGGAUCAAGUUCCAGCCCUACACUUGCACGCUCCCUGAAGAAUUUGAAGAAGACUAUGAAUGGAGUACUAAAGAUGGUUUCCGGUCAAUAGGAAUCGCUUACGUCCCGGAUUCCCAAGAAGCCGCCUACGCUUCUGCAGUUCUUCCAACCGGGACUUGUUAUAAUUUCUUGAAGAUGCUCCAUCUGUUGAAGCGGAUAGACAGCUUCAACCAGCAGGAGAAAUUGCUCAAAGAAGCUGACAUGUUGGCGCUGAAGAACUUCAUUGAGAAAUGCAAGCCCCACGUCAUUGUCGUCACAGCUGAAUCCAAAGAAGCGUUGAUGAUUUGUAACGAUGUCAAAAAGUGUUUGAAGGAACUCACUAAAACAAAUAAAUUUCCUUCAAUCCAGGUGGAGCUUUGUGACCCGAAUGUUGCCAAGAUUUACUCGACUAGCAACAGAGGAAUCACCGAGUUGCCAAGCUACCCUCCAAUCUUGAGAGUAGCCACUUCUUUAGCCAGAAGAAUCCUGAACCCACUUGGAGAAUUUGCCCAACUCUGCAACGCUGAUCAAGAUUUACUGUGUUUGAGGUUCCACACCCUUCAAGAUCUACUGAACAAAGAAGAGCUCCUGACAGAGCUGUACUACCAGUUUGUCAACCGCGUCAACGAAGUGGGUGUUGACGUCAACAACGAAUCAAGCUGCACUGGAAGCCUUCUGCAGUUCAUCAGCGGACUGGGUCCUAGAAAAGCUCAAAAUAUGCUGAAACUUCUGAAGCACAAGCAUUUAAUCCUGAAUAACAGGACCGAGUUAGUACACAAGCUUCAUUUUGGUCCAACAGUCUUCAUAAAUUGUGUUGGGUUCAUCAAAAUAGAUGGUUCUGUUAUUACCAACCGGUCGGAUGUAUACCAGGAGCCACUGGACGAGACAAGGAUCCACCCGGAGAGCUACGAGUGGGCCAAUAAAAUGGCAAUUGACGCUCUGGAAGACAAAGAUCAAGAUAUGGACCAGUUCACCGCUACUGAAAGAAUAAUGAAGACGUCUUAUUUGCUUGACGAGUUGGACCUGGAAGCUUUUGCGGAACAACUGAAGAAGUUAGGCUUCAGUGAGAAACUGACAACCUUGCUUGACAUUAAAGAAGAGUUGAAGCACCCGUACAAAGACAUGCGACGGCCAUAUCUAUCAUUGUCCGCCAAAGAGAUCUUCAAUUUGCUGACCAAGGAGACUCCGGAGACCUUCUACGUCGGGAAAUUGGUCCAGGCGACUGUCGUAGGGUUCCACUACAAGAAGCCCAAAGGCGAGCAGCUAGAUCAGAGCAAUCCGAUCAAGGACAGUGAAACAGGAACGUGGCAGUGUCCUUUCUGCUUGAGCAAAGAUUUUCUGGAGUUGUCUGAAGUGUGGAGCCACUUUGACAGCAACAAGUGUCCUGGAAAAGCAGUCGGAGUCAGGCUGAGGUUGGAAAAUGGACUGUCGGGGUACAUUCAUCUCAAAAAUUUGUCCAGUCAAUCAGUCGGGAAUCCUGAAGAUAAAGUGAGGAUCAGUCAAAUGAUUUCUUGCCGGGUUCUCAAAGUUGACGUAGAAAAAUUCGGGAGUGAAUGUUCCAGCAAAAGCAGCGAUCUUGCUGAUGUUAACAACAUCUUCAGACCGGCUAAAGAUCCUCACUAUGACCAUCAAGCGGAGGAAGAAGACAAACGAGUGGAGAAGGAAAGCCAGAACAAGAGCAAGAACAACGUCUACGCCAGGAGAGUGAUAGUCCAUCCGUCGUUCCAUAAUAUCACCUUCGCAGAAGCGGAGAAAAUGAUGCAGACUAUGGAUCCAGGAGAGUGCGUCAUCAGACCAAGCAGUAAGGGAGUCAACAGGCUGUCAAUCACCUGGAAGAUUGUUGAUGACAUCUAUCAACAUAUUGAUGUCGUUGAAGAGGACAAGCCUAAUGCUUAUUCCUUGGGCCGCAGCUUGUACAUCGGAGCUGAGAAGUUUGACGACUUGGAUGAAAUCAUCGCCAGGUACAUCAAUGUCAUGGCGGGCUAUGUCGCAGAAGUUCUUAAAUUUAAAUACUACUGCGACGAUGUUUACGGCGUCAAACAUAAGGCUGAAGAAAUAUUGAGGGGUCAGAAGAAAAUCAACCCCAAAGGCAUCCCUUACAUUCUUUCGGCUGCUAAAACUCAUCCUGGAAAAUUUGUUCUGUCGUACAUUCCCAGGAGUACGUGCUACCAUGAGUACUUCAGCGUGACCACUGAAGGGUUCAAAUUUAGGAAUAGAAUCUUCAUUAAUUUGGAGGCUAUGAUUAAUUGUCAUAAUAAUAGGUACACAUUGGUAUAUGUAUAA